UGCAGCGAAUUUACCUGCUCAAGUUAAAUCUUUAAUAGUCACCGCUUUAAAUACUCAGGUAUUUGAUGAUUUCUUGGCUUGUCAAAUUCCUUUGGUAUUUGUCUUUUGAACACCCUAAUCACUUGAAGUAUUCCUUUUUGUUAGGUAACACACUUCCCAACAGAGAUGCAGAUAUUUAGAAACCCU